AUGCUCUCUGAAACUGUAUGUUCUUUGUGCAGAAGCAACGAAUUUUCUAAUCAAGAUAAUCACAACGGACGUUGUACGACGCCGGAAUCAAAUAAUCACUUGAGAUACAAGAUUCUAUCAUUUGGAAGUGAAUUUAAUAAAUUUAAUGAUAAAAAAUCACUAAACCUAAUCAAAAUAUUAGAUUUAAGUGGAGAUGUGGAUAAGUUUUCUGAUAAUUGUUCAAUAGAGUGUGAAGAACAAAAUGAAGACGAAUAUGAUAUUAACAAAUCAACGUUUAAAAAGAACUCAUAUAAAGAAGAACCCUCUGUAGAAUUUAAACCGAUACAAAACUGUUUUAAAAGGAAAGAUGGUCAAACUUCGGAAGAAACAGUAAGUGGAAAUGAAGAAGAAGAGUCUAAAAUUUGGGGUAAAAUUAAUGGAAAUUUGAAUGGGUUGUUUUCUAAUAAAGAGGAAUCAUCAGAUAAUGAAGAUUCAAUAUAUCUGACGAUAGGUCCAUACGUUCUCCAAGGGAAGAAAGUGGAAACUAGAGCUGGCGAAAACUUUGUUAUUCUCCGAAAAGUCCCAAACCACUGCUCCUGUAUAUGUUCAGAUUCAAAUUCACACUGUAACCACAUAGCAUAUUAUGAAAUAUGCGGAGUGGUAAACCAGAAAAUAGAAUUCAAGUCCCGUCCAAUCAUUUAUUAUACAGCAGAUGAUAAUCAAUCUGAUGAGUAUUAUCUGUAUCAAUCCAACUUCAUAAAUACAAAUUGGCUCAUUUUAUCGGCAAAUGAUGAGAUUCUGAAUAAUAUGCUCGAUGAGCAGGCAUAUUUUAAGAUAAUAAACAACGACUCGGAAAAAAAUAAAAAAGCAGUUCUAUGUAUACUAAACAACACAUAUUACAUAGAAAGAAUCGAGUUAGGAGGGACCAUUUUGUUGUAUUUCCCUAUGGCAGAAGUUGAAGAAGCCCAUGGAGAUGGUAAUUUGUUGGUUAUAAUAGGUUCCUCAAAGUAUUCGUAUAACCUAAUCAGGUCUAAUCCAAUAUUUGAAAAUUUGCCAAAAACGUCAAAUAUUCACAUGUCAUCACUUCUAGACCAGACGCCAAUAUCUGACUUGGAAAUUUCAGAUUAUAUUCUAGGAAAAAACGAGAUGUACCCAAGCUAUUAUCUAUAUCAACAAGACGGAACUCUCAGGUACAUGGGACAUUAUUUUUUCGGAGAGUUCACAAUUCGAAUAAUCGAAGCAAUUCCAAUUUAUUUCUCAAAGUAUCCAGAUAAAAAGAAGAAAGUCACACAAUUGACAGUAGGUGAAAUUUGGGAUAUGGUUAAUUUCUAUCCUGACAUUUUUGACUUUGUUCCUCAAGAAGUCAGAAACUUGUCAACAUUGUUUCAAACUUUGCUAAAAAUCUCGGAUGUUGAACAAACUUUCACGACCCUGGAUGAAUGCAUUUCAGUAGCUAAAAGCGAAAUGAUCAGCGAAUUGAACGUUAAACUAAACCUGUUCAAGAUGCAAAAAUUGAUAAGCUGGUGUAUCGUUUCAGCAAACUGUCACAGCGAAAUAAAUUAUUACCAGUACACUCGCUAUCUUGACAAUAUUUUAUUCAAUAAGGCGUUUCCCUCCUAUAUAUUUGAUGACUUAAUAGAGUAUAUGCUUAGCUUUCGAACGGAUAAUGAGCAGUUUUUAGACUACCUCAAAAGUGUAGAAUAUUACUACAAAAAGAUGUCAUUUAGUGAAGUUUCUAACUUAUUCUCUGACCAAAAUAGUACUCAAGCCAACUACAAUAAAACUUUUAUUAUAUUUGAUAAAUCUGGGACCGAAUUGUUCAUGAUGAAUGAGUUAGAUAUUGUAUACUCGGAUUUAUAUAAACUACCCUGCCUUAACUAUGAAGUUUUUAAAAACAAUACUAAAGGACUGACACAACUAAGGUUCAGUUACUCAAUGAACAGUUUGUUGCACAAUUGCAGAUCGCCAUUAUCACUCCAUAUUUCAUUUUUGGCUGAAAAGGUUGUUGCCAUACUCGACUCCAACAGGUGUGUGUUAAAGAUAUAUCCCACGGUAAAGCACGAAGGUCUGAGGGACAACCUCUCUGAACUUUUUAAGUUGAAGAGGAACUGGCAUUUGGAAGUUCUUGAAAAUAAAUUGAAGCAUUUCUUCAAGGAUAAACCUGCAAUAGAUAUGCUGACGGGAGGGCCGGACUAUCAUGGGAGAUUGUGGAUAACAAAGGAAAAAAAUAACAGAAAUUACGUGAACCAAAAUGUAGUUGAAGAAAUAAAAAACGAAACUGUAAACAUGUGGAAAAAAAUGGAUGGAGAACUAAAAUCAAUAAAGGAAGAAUCAUAUAUAAUAAUAAACUGGAAUGUGCCAACGUAA